AAUGAAUCCUAAUGAUGAACAGUAGAGAUUUUACUAAAUGUUCUAGUAAAUGGCAGGACCUGAUCCAUAUGGUAGGAUGCUCUAAGUGCCAAAUCCUCCUUAUUAUCCUUGCUGGGGACCCCCUUUUCCUUAACCUAUGAUGGGACCACCUUCAAAUCAAAAAUAUCAAUUUCCUGAAUAGUUCGUGCAUGACUAGGCUCUUUAAAUGAAUCAACUACCACCCAAUUAAAGUGGAUUGAAUAUCAAUGGUAUGCCAUAAGGUAUGCAAAAUAUGCCACCAAUGCCAAUGGGUUUACCUCCAGGUUUUGCGAUGCCUCCAAUGGGCCCUGGAUAAAUGCCACCAGGACCAAUGGGUUCUGGGCCAAUGGGACCUCCUCCAAUGGGUGGAAUGGGUGGAAUGGGAGCUAUGGGAGGUAUGAGUGCAAUGGGACCAGGCGGAAUGUAAUUACCUGGAAUGGGACCAAUGCCAUAAGGCCCUCUAGGUUAGAUGCCUCCUCCAUUUGAUUUUUAAUUUAAAUAGCAGCCUCCUAUGCAACCAUAAAUGAAUCAAAACUAAUUAAUGCCUCCCCAACAACCACCAAUAUAAUAACAACACUAACCUUAAUAACAACACUAACCAUAAUAGCAACAAUAAUAAUAAUAAUAAACUCCAUAAUAAUAGCCGUUAUAACAACCUACAGGAUAAUAAGCCUAAAAUAACAAUAAUGCACAUUUGGAAUAAGGUAAAUUAUUGAUUAUAAAAUAGGAUUUUCACAAGUGGUCAAUGAGUUUUAACUUAAAAUUUUAAAUAUGUUUGUAUAGUAAAAUCAGAUGCUAUUGGAUUUCAAGAAUAAGAAUGCGAAUUUGGAAAAUACUAUUACAUCCAUAUUAGAUGAAAUAACAAAUCUACAAAAAAUAGUUGAAUAGAAAUUUGAUAACGGUUAAGCGGAUGACUUUUUGAGCAGAUGUAAAAAAUAAAUAUUUAUCUUUAGAGUCAAUACCAAACUAAGAAAUGACAUAAAACAAUAUCUUAUUGAAGUCUUUAUAAUAUAAUUAGAAUGAUUUCCAAUAUUAAUUGGUGUUGACUAAUGAUUUAGAAUAACCAUUAUUUAAAGACAAGAAUUUUAAUUUGGAUAUUGCUCUCAAAGAUAUGAAAGGAAUCAACAUUAAAAAUCAUAAUAAAAUAGAAUUAGAAGUUCAAUUAUUUUCAUCAGAUGAUAAACCUGUGCUUUUAAUUUAAAAUUCUUAAAACCAAUAAAUUUUGAGAUAGCCAGAAGAUAAUAUUUGGUUGGAAGAGGGAAUUUCAAAUAUUGAAAAACUAUAAAUAAAUGAAGUAACAUCUCAUUAUCAGAAUGGCUGGAUAUAUUUAAUUGUUUAUCCAAUCAAAAAUGAUGCCAAAAUUGCAUAAGGUGAGAUUAAUCCAGCUUAAAUCAAACCAUUGAUUUAUAAGGUCAGUGUAAAAUCAAAGAAAACUUAGAAAAAGUAUUUUCUACUUUUAAUUAGGUCGUCGCGUUCAAGAUCCAGAUCUCAUGAAAGGUUACGUAGACUUGAAAAAUUAGACAAUAAGUCAAGUUCAGAAUCUGAAAAUCACAUUUAAUUAGAAAUUAAGAACCUAGAUGCUAAUGUUGAAAUGUAAUAAGAAAAAGAGAAUGAUAAUAAUGAUAAAUAAUAAGGGCAAUUAGAAUAAGAAUAAGAAUAGUAAUAGGAAUAAUAAGAAUUAUUAUAACAACAACAACAACAAUAUGAAUAAUAAUAAUAAUAAUAAUAAAAGUAAGAAUAUGAAUAAUAAUAGUUAUUAUUAAUAUAAUAACAAUAACAAUAACAAUAAUAAUAGUAAUAUGAAUAAUAAUAAUAAUAGUAGCAACAUGAAUAAUAAUAACAAUAACAAUAACAAUAAUAAUGCGAAUAAGAAAAAUUAGAAUAAUAAGAAUAGUAAUUACAAUAGCAAUAAGAAUAGCAAUAAGAACAACAACAAUAAUAAUAAUAAUAAUAAGAAUAAUAAUAAUAAGAAUAAUAAUAAGAACAAUAAUAAGAACAACAAGUGUAAUAAGAAUAAUAAAAAGAAAAAGAUGAGGUACAUUAGAAUAAUGAAUCUGAACUUUGA